UGCUCGCUGUUCUCUUGUUCUUGCCUACUCCGCUUCGGAAUGGCGCAGGUCUGUCAUCGAGCUGCCAUCGGCGAUGACGAUCGUCGCUGUGAAUUUUGCAGCAAACUAUUCACCCAGAGGAAGAACAUGCUGCAACACAUCAGGAACAUCCACAAAGUGGCCGUGGAUGUCAAGGAAUUGAUGAAAUGCGACGUAUGUGGCACUGCCGUGCCUACAAUGGAGUAUUCGGAGCACCACAUCGCUGCGCACAACUUCGACGCUGAGUACGCGCACAUGGUGUUCCGGAACGAUAAGGAUCUUGUGCUAUGAGAUGAGGAGGUGUAAAGUAAAACCUCGCUGUAGAUUUCACAAUUGACUGCUUCUAAGGAACCACUCAAAGGUUGGAGAUGAAG